AUGGUGAUAUUUGUGAUGUUUUUUGAAGUGGGGUUUGUUAAGCUGGUUGAUGAAGCCGGAGGGGUAGGUUGAUCCAAACACCAGCUGCUGUGUGAUGUGAACACAAGCGUAAUGGUCUGUUCUAUCAUGCCCUUUCCCUUUUCUGGGAAUUCAAGUGUGAACCAAACCCUUUCUCUCCCUUCCCUUCUUCCUCUGGUUGUAGCAUGUGGCCGUGGGUUUUACAAGUCCUCGUCCCAGGACCUGCAGUGUUCGCGCUGCCCAGCACACAGCUACAACGACCGGGAGGGCUCGUGGCGCUGCGACUGUGAGGACGGCUACUACCGGGCGCUCUCGGACCCAGCCUCUGUGGCCUGCACAAGUAAGUAAUGGAGCAUUGCUAGGUAAAUACAGGAAGGACCUGUCGUAGAGUCUGCAUUUAUGCACCCAUGAACACAUGCUUGCACAUGCACGCGCACACUCAAGCAACCCUUCCAGACCCCCGCUGCCCACACUGAGAAUGUCUGUUCACCAUCCAAUCCACUCCAGAGCCCAUACCAGUCCCCUGCCUCUGCUUCCCAAUAUGUCUUUAUAAUUAUGUUAAUUGACCUGAGUGUGUGUUUUUUCUCUAACCCCCCCACCCCCCCGGCUGGUAGCUAAUGAUCAGAGGAGCAAUUUGCCAUUUCCCAUCUAAAAGAUUGCAAUUACAGUCAACAGCAGCACCCCGUGUCUCCAUUUGUUCUGGUCAAUGUUGCAAUUAUGUGACAGCCAUUGAUGACUUGUUUACACAGGCCAGGGGAUCCAUUUUAGAGGGCGGGGCUAAUUUGCUCCCAAAUCCACUUCUGUUGCUCCCAAACAGGUUGAAUCAUGGGGUGCUUUUACAGGGCAAUCCCCCCCCCCCAAUCAAUGACUGACUCCACAGAGAUGGAGGGAAGGCGAGAGAGAGAGGGAGAGGGAGGGAGAGAGGGGGAGGGAGGGAGAGGACACAGGGACAAUAAAAUUAGGCCUAAUUUAAAGGAAGAGUAGCACAGUCAGGGUGGUACAAGGACUGGGCUAAUAAGGAGAGAUGGAAAAAGCGAACUUCCUCUGUAAAUCUGACAGGCUGAUUUAUCUCAGCGUCUCUCUCUCUCUCUGUCCAUAUUUGUUCUGGCCAGUCUUAAUUCAGUCCUUGACUUGAAACAAGGACAGGACAGACUCUACCUACCUCUUCCCCCUUCCCACCCUCUACCUUCUCCAAUCAGAAACUGGUAGGAAACAAAAAGCCCACAUUUCCACAGUAACCACUCAGAUGAUUUUAUGAAAGACAGAUCCAUUUCUUUCUCCACCAAACCCGUCCUGUGGUUUUACUGUCGGAAGAUGAAAAUAGUAACUUUGCCACUUACAUUGACCAUUUUUAUUUAUUUAUUUCACCUUUAUUUAAGUUAUAUAUUUUUUUGUUAUUUCCUGAUGCCCUCUGUCUGUUCUGAUGUGAAGAAUCACAUAGGUGGAAACAGAGGUAUGAAAUGGCCAUUGGUCAAGUUGUCUAUUUAAUAGAUUCCACUGUUUAUCUACAUAAAGACAUGCUACGGAACUUUGGCGACUACUAAAUAUAUUUUGAAACAUCCCACUUUGGGCUGGAUGUUUCAAUGUGUAGUUCAUACAUGCAUGAUUACUGUCUUACCUCAAUUAGCCACAAUGGUGAGAUGGCGCCGGAGAAGAUGGCUGCCGUUUUACAGCCCUCUAACCAAUUGUACUAUUAUGUGUGUUUUUUCGUGUUAUUUGUAAUUUAUUCUGUACAUAAUGUUUCUGCCAUCGUCUCUUAUAACCAAAAAGAGCUUCUGGAUAUCAGGACAGCGAUUACUCACCUCGUAUUGGACAAAGAUUUUUUCUUCAACGAGUCGGACGCGAAGGAUAUCCUACAGACACCCGACAAGGCCCAAAUCCCUGUCAUUCGCAGGAGAAAGAGACCGAGAUAUCGUGGACGUAGGUCGGGGUGCCUUGUAAGGAUUCGACGGCAAGUGAUGUAAACUGCCUCUUCCAUCAAUUCUAUUAGCCAAUGUUCAAUCAUUUGAAAAUAAAUUAGAUGACCUAAGAUUAUGGUUAUCCUACCAACGGGACAUUAAAAACUGUCAUAUCUUAUGUUUCACCGAGUCGUGGCUGAACGACGACAUGGACAACAUACGCUACAUCGACAGGAUAGAACGGCAGACUCCGGUAAGACAAGGGGUGGCGGUCUGUGUAUAUUUGUAAACAACAGCUGGUGCACAAAAUCAAAUACUAAGGAAGUCUCUAGGUUUUGCUCGCCUGAGGUAGAGUAUUUUAUGAUAAGCUGUAGACCACACUAUUUACCAAGAGAGUUUUCAUCUAUAUUUUUCAUAGCUGUCUAUUUACCACCACAAUCCAAUGCUGGCAUUAAGAUUGCACUCAAUGAGCUGUAUAAGGCCAUAAGUAAACAGGAAAACGCUCAUCCAGAGGCAGCGCUCCUAGUGGCCGGGGACUUUAAUUCUACCUCAUUUCUACCAGCAUGUUAAAUGUGCAACCAGAGGAAAAAAAACUCUAGACCACCUUUACUCCACACACAGAGACGCAUACAAAGCUCUCCCUUGCCCUCCAUUUGGCAAAUCUGACCAUAACUCUAUCCUCCAGAUUCCUGCUUCUAAGCAAAAACUAAAGCAGGAAGCAUCAGUGACUCGGGUAAUAAAAAAGUAGUCAGAUGACGCAGAUGUUAAGCUACAGGACUGUUUUGCUAGCAAAGACUGAAACAUGUUCCAGGAUUUUUCAGAUAGCAUUGAGGAGUACACCACAUCAGUCACUGGCUUCAUCAAUAAGUGCAUCGAUGACAUCGUCCCCACAGUGACCAUACGUACAUACCCCAACCAGAAGCCAUGGAUUACAGGCAACAUCUGCACUGAGCUAAAGGGUAGAGCUGCCGCUUUCAAGGAGCGGGACUCUAACCCGGAUGCUUAUAAGAAAUCCCGCUAUGCCCUCCGACGAACCAUCAAACAGGCAAAGAGUCAAUACAGGACUAAGAUUGAAUCAUACUACACCGGCUCUGACGCUCGUCGGAUGUGGCAGGGCUUGAAAACUAUUACACACUACAAAGGGAAGCACAGCCAUGAGCUGCCCAGUGACACAAGCCUACCAGACGAGCUAAACCACUUCUAUGCAAGCAACACUGAAGCAUGCAUGAGAGCACCAGCUGUUCCGGAUGACUAUGUGAUCACGCUCUCCGUAGCCGAUGUGAGUAAGACAUUUAAGCAGGUCAACAUUCACAAGGCCGCAGGGCCUGACGGAUUACCAGGACGUGUACUCCGAGCAUGUGCUGACGAACUGGCAAGUGUCUUCACUGACAUUUUCAACAUGUCCCUGACUGAGUCUGUAAUACCAACAUGUUUCAAGCAGACCACCAUAGUCCCCGUUCCCAAGGACACAAAGAUAACCUGCCUAAAUGACUACCGACCCGUAGCACUGAUGUCUGUAGCCAUGAAGUGCUUUGAAAGGCUGGUCAUGGCUCACAUCAACACCAUUAUCCCAGAAACGCUAGACCCACUCCAAUUUACAUACCGCCCCAACAGAUCCACAGAUGAUGCAAUCUCCAUUGCACUCCACACUGCCCUUUCCCACCUGGACAAGAGGAACACCUAUGUGAGAAUGCUAUUCAUUGACUACAGCUCAGCGUUCAACACCAUAGUGCCCUCAAAGCUCAUCACUAAGCUAAGGAUCCUGGCACUAAACACCUCCCUCUGCAACUGGAUCCUGGACUUCCUGACGGGCCGCCCCCAGGUGGUAAGGGUAGGUAACAACACAUCUGCCACUCUGAUCCUCAACACGGGGGCCCCUCAGGGGUGCGUGCUCAGUACCCUCCUGUACUCCCUGUUCACCCAUGACUGCAUGACCAGGCAUGACUCCAAUACCACAACAGUGGUAGGCCUGAUCACUGACAACGAUGAGACAGCCUAUAGGGAGGAGGUCAGAGACCUGGCCGUGUGGUGCCAGUAUAACAACCUCUUCCUCAACGUGACCAAGACAAAGGAGAUGAUUGUGGACUACAGGAAAAAAAAGAGGACUGAGCACGCCCCCAUUCUCAUCGACUGGGCUGUAGUGGAACAGGUUGAGAGCUUCAAGUUCCUUGGUGUCCACAUCACCAACGAACUAUCAUGGUCCAAACACACCAAGACAGUCGUGAAGAGGGCACAACAAAGCCUAUUCCCCCUCAGGAGACUGAAAAGAUUUGGCAUGGAUCCUCAGAUCCUCAAAAAGUUAUACAGCUGCACCAUCGAGAGCAUCCUGACUGGUUGCAUCACCACCUGGUAUGGCAACUGCUCGGCCUCCGACCGCAAGGCACUACAGAGGGUAGUGCUUACGGCCCAGUACAUCACUGGGGCCAAGCUUCCUGCCAUCCAGGACCUCUAUACCAGGCGGUGUCAGAGGAAGGCCCUCAAAAUUGUCAAAGACUCCAGCCACCCUAGUCAUAGACUGUUCCCUCUGCUAUCGCACGGCAAGCGGUACCGGAGCGCCAAGUCUAGGUCCAAAAGGCUUCUCAACAGCUUCUACCCCCAAGCCAUAAGACUCCUGAACAGCUAAUCAUGGCUACCCGGACUAUUUGCACUGCCCCCCCACCCCCACCCCAUAUUUUUACGCUGCUGCUACUCUGUUAAUUAUUUAUGCAUAGUCACUUUAACUCUACCCACAUGUACAUAUUACCUCAACUACCUCAACUAGCCGGUGCCCCCGCACAUUGACUCUGCACCGGUAUCCCCCCUGUAUAUAGCCUCCCUACUGUUAUUUUAUUUUACUUCUGCUCUUUUUUUCUCAACACUUUUUUGUUGUUGUUGUUUUAUUUUAUUUUUUUAUAAAAAAAUAAAUGCAUUGUUGGUUAAGGGCUGUAAGUAAGCAUUUCACGGUAAUGUCUACACCUGUUGUAUUCGGCGCAUGUGAUUUGAUUUGAUUUGAAAUCCCUAGUUUGAAAGCGACUAUUUUUGUAGAAUGUGUGCUGCGCCAUUUUCCCUACAUUUUCCCCCAUGUGGGCCAGCCUUUGUGGGGUCUGGUCUGGUCUGGUCGGGGUAGAAUUCAAUAGUAAUUGAAAGUGAAUUUACAUUGCUUGAGUAAACAACUUGAUUGACAGAUUUUUAAAUGGGCGCUUGUAAACCACCCUAUCUUAGGCUCUGUACAAACAGAGAGACAGAUCUCUGCAGCACAUGGAUUAGGAAUGUCUUUAUGAGACUAAGAUUGGACGAAGGGGAAGAUAAAGAUUAAACAUGGAUAUGUUGGGAGAGGUAAUUCACUGCAACAGGCAAAAACGGAAAUUAAGACACUAGUUUUGAAAAGGCGUCGGACAAUAUAUUUUCCAUUAUCAUUGUUGCAAAUAUUGCGUGUUGAGAGAGAAGGGAAAAUACAUUGUAUGAUAUUGUUUUUCCAAUAUUUGCUCACUCCAUUCUUAUGCAAAGCCAGGAGAUAAUGAGAAAUAUAUGAGGAUGGCACUGCAGGAAGGCUGGGAGCAUUUUUCAAGAAGCGGAGCAAAGCCUUGAAGCUGCUGACAGGUUGGGGAGUGGGCAUCAAUCAUGUGACAGCUGUGAGCAGUGCUGGUGCUAGCAGGGUCUGAAAAGGGCAGUUUUGAGCAGCCAUCUCCCCCCUUCCUCCCCUCUCCCCCCUCUCGCCCCCGUCGUCCCACUCAAAUUUGCCACCUCAACAAGUUGACAUCUCACAGAGAGGGAGAAGGAGAGGGGAGCAGAGGGGAAAGAACGAGAAAUGCGAGAAAGAAGAGAGAAGAGAGAGAGAGAGAGGAUGAGAGAGAGCUAGAGAAAUAGAGAGAGACAUGAGAGAGAGAGCAGAAUCUCCUAAUCCUUCCCCCCUCUUAUACGCUGACUCCAUAGAUCUAUAGAGACCGGGGAGAGAGAGAGGAGAGAAAGAAGAGAGAGGAGCAGACUCUAGAGAGAGACAGAGAGAGAGAGAGAGAGGAGAGAGAAGAGACCAGAGAGAGAGAGGCAGAGAGAGGAGAGAGAAGAGGUGAGGAAUAGAGAAGAGAGGAGAAAUGAUGGGAGAUCUUGUAUGAUUCCAGCCUGUAGUUGCUAGGGGACGGUUGGGGUCCAGUCCCUUUCCUCCUCCUAUCACGGCCUCCCUCUCUUCCACAUGGCUUCACUCAACCAGGUUUUAAACCACCCAGGUCAAAGGUCAUGACACAUGUUUGUAGAUGAAGGAUUAGUGCUUGGCUGAUUUGAAUACCAUUCACCCCCAGCCUCCCCUCUCCCUCCAUCCCUCCAAUUAGUGUGCAGCCCCCUAAUAGAGCAGUGGAGGGCUGAGACGGCCAAGAGCACCUCUCUCCUUUAGCUCUGCUCUCUCUCACAGCAGAUCAGCACAUCAGUCUUUUCUCCUAAGCCCUCUGACUAACUCAGGUCUCUCAGCUCUACACAGAGAGACAGGCUCAGGAAGAUUACCUAAUUAUCUACUAACUAUUGCUAUUAACCAAAAGAGUCAGCCAUCUUGGUUUAUGCAAUAUCAUUCAGUUAAAAUGGUCAAUUUGAUUCAGUUGACGCGUGAAUGUGCUGUCAGAGGCGGUUAUUCAUCACCGAUAUCACAGGUUCACCCAGUUUCUGGAGAAUCAGCUGUAUUACGCUAUAAGAAGGAGGUGACAGGACACAUUCACCCACACACAGACACGCACACACACACACACGUGCACACACAAUGCGGCAUUGGAAGGAAGAAGCUAGCAUGUGAUUGAGACAUCUCAGACUCUGAGGGCUAUGGAAGACUAAUCCGUGAAAUGAAACUUCACUGGUAGGAGGGGGAGAGAGGGGAAAGCAUAAAGAGAUAAGACAGAGAGAGGAGAGGAGUGAGAGACGGAAAAAGAGAGAGAGAGAGAGAGAGGGAGGGCGGCAAGCCCUUGAGCUACGAGGAUCAGCAGACAGACAUCGGAGGCUCAGGAUGUCGCUCUCCGAGCUGCAGGUAAGGCAGGGGGAGGACAGUGUCACCUCACCUUACAGAGGCAGGGAGAGAACUGUGCAGUGGCGGGGAACAAAGCCAACCCAGGGAACAGGAAGCACAAUGUCUAGCCUAGGACAGUGAGGGGAAGCUUGCACUCACUGUAUUCCAUGUCCGCAAAACUAGAACAAAACACAGGCCACUCAAAUCCAUUCUAAUUCAAUAUCCUCCUCCAGCUGUUAUCUCUGAAAUCACUGCCCUGAUCUUUGUCACCUGAGACCCAAUGAGAGUGGCUGAGUAAAUAAAACAAGCUAUAGUCUGUUGGUAACCGUGACCAUGGUAAUGCAAUACAAACAGACCCCUGAAAGAUGAGUGUGUGUGUGUGUGUGUGUGUGUGUGUGUGUGUGUGUGUGUGUGUGUGUGUGUGUGUGUGUGUGUGUGUGUGUGUGUGUUUGUGCAUGCACAUGUGUGUGUAUGUGUGUGACUCUCGCUCUUUGUCCCUGAAGAGGAUUAAAGGAGUAGUUCACUAUUUUACAACUUGAUGUUAGGAUGGUUCCUCACUCUGAAAGUAGUCUAUGGGCCAGGAGAAACUGGAAUCCAUGGUUCAGUUCUCUUUAAACAGCCACUGCUAACUUUAGCCACCACAAGCUUACAAUCAAUGGGAGUGAUGGGUGCAUGUGAGCAUGUAAAAAAAUAAAUAGCCAAAUCACCUUUAAGUAACAUCAAACAAAAUAUGGAGUUGAUUUGAAUUGAUUUCAGGUGAUUUGAACAUAAUUUUUAAAAACAUGCUCACAUGCCCCCAUCACUUCCAUUGAUUGUUAGCUUGUGGUGGCUAAGGUUAGCUGACAUUUGUAGUGGCUGUUUAAAGAAGACUGAACCCUGGAUUACAUUUUCUCUUGGCCCAUAGACUACUUUCAGGGUGAGGAACAAUCUAACAUCAAGUUGUAAAAUAGUGAACUACUCCUUUAUUAGCGCAGGUCGAGUGUAGGUGACAGUGCUGAAGUCGUGCCUUGGCGCUAGCUAGAGAGUCGUGCCAUCUCUUCUCUUCAGCUGCCACACGUCUCUUUCAUCUCCAGAGCCCAGAGUAUCAACGGCACAGUCUCAUAAUGUCCCUCUGUAGCCAUGAAUAUGGAUGGCUCUGUUCUGCCUGCAUCAUUCUUCCUAAUGGGAGGAAUUAGGAAAAUAACCUAAUGUGCAGUGUUAAUGACUCAGACGAUUGUAAGUUUCGCUCUAUGCAUAUGUAUUACCUAUUUGUAAAUACUUUUGUCUAAUUAAAUGGGCUGAGAAGCUCUAGGUUCACUAGAGGAAAAAAUGUGGAUGAAAAGGGAGUCGUUUAGUAUUUCAGAGGGAAAUUAAAGAUGCUUUUAAAAACGCCCAUGAACAAAGAAUACAAGUCAUAAUCUAUAGUGCAUUAAAAGGGAUAUAGAAUGAGCACUCAAUUGCAGCCAUACAGUAUAUAAACAUCUGGGUCAUAAAAACAAGGGCUGGAAUUUGAAUGAUAAAAGCAGCAAUUUGUAAAUCAUUGUUUUUAUGAGAAGUGUAUAAUUCUUUGCCAUUGUUCAGAGGACAAUGGUUUGUGUUCUAGUGCAGUCUGGGGGAUUUAUGGAACUAGUGGUUAGUGUGCUUCCAGUGAUAUUCUAUAUAGAGGCUAUUGUGGGGCGAUAACUCAGAUUUAAUCUCACUUGUAAAUUCUGGGGCAAUUUUUCAAAAACAUAAACUUUAAGUGUCUUGUCUCCGCGAUUCAUUGGGAAGGAAACCCUUUGUCUCACACUGGGAUAAUUGUAUUUUGGGAAGGACAGAGGGAGAGCUAAUAAAGCCUCAUAUCUGCCUCCCUCUGAUCCUCUGUUCAGGAUGAAUAAUUCUACAUUGGAAUGACAUCUCAAUCAUUUCAAAACUAGAUAUUCCUACCAAUGUCACAUUUCUGAUAUAUAUUCCAUGUUUGAAUGUUAACGACAAUUUGUGAAUUGUGAAUGCAUGACCAUUAAAUGAACAGAACGGGCAUCCGAAAAGCACCUACCUUCACCUUCCAUGAACCAUUCAUACCUUUAAACAUGUACCUGUCACACUCGAAAGGCAAUACUAUUACACAACUGACAUUACAAUUGCCAAUACUUAACACGUUAACAUUCGUAUUUAGCAUGUACAGCAUCAAAUCAGAGUCGUAGGAAUGCAAUCAUUAUGCAUUAUAAUAGUCCCCAUGAGUUGUUUCAGUUUCAUAGCCUACUCCUCAUUGACCUUGGCUUUGCUGGUAUUUGACUUCCUCUCUGCGUACCUGCACUAGUUUUGUGUGUCGGUGUGUGGCUCAAGGGGUCAUAGCUGGCAUGUCCCGUGGCAGUCAGUCUAAGAGGACAGAGCAGAACAGUGAACCAUAGAUCCAGUCAGUGCACACACACAGUCUGCUGUCACUUUCCCUCCCUGGCACUCUGUUAUUUAACUCUCCUUCCUCUCCCUCCUUCCCUCCUCUCCCUCUUUUUCUGCCUCCCGCCCUGACAGGACCUCCCUCGGCGCCACAGAACCUGGUCUAUAACAUCAACCAGACCACGGUCAGCCUGGAGUGGAGCCCGCCGGCCGACACGGGUGGCCGCAACGACGUCACCUACAGGAUUAUGUGCCGGCGCUGCAGCUGGGAGCCGGAGGAGUGCAUGCCGUGCGGGGGGAACGUGGGAUACUCCCCCCAACAGGCGGGAUUAGUGGACACCUACGUGAGCGUGGUGGACCUGCUGGCCCACGCCAACUACACCUUCGAGGUUGAGGCAGUCAACGGGGUAUCUGACCUCAGCCGCACCCAGAGGCUGUUCGCCGCAGUCAGCAUCGCCACCAGUCAAGCAGGUAAGGAAUCUGAUUGGCUCAUAGAGAUAAAAUAUAAUGUUCUGUUUAAUUCUGUGGUUUGGCUAGAUUCUAGAACAAGGGUCCUGCAUCCUAACUGA